GGUGAUCUUGUCGAGACUCGCGUGUUUCUGCCUGCUAAGCUAGCUGAAGUAUCGCGCAGGAAGCUAUCCGAUUUUUUUACGCGUUCGAACUUUCGAAGUUUAUUAAUUUGGGGUGUUUUUUUCUGAAGCAAUUGUGUAGUUUGUUCGUAGAGGUUGUGGUGGUGUACGCAACAGAGUGUCAUUCUUGUUUGUGGCCGAAGAUCGGUGAUCGAUACCGAGACACAGGGGGUACCGAUUCUGGCCAAGGAAUUUCGCGGUGUUGUGAAGGAGUAACAGCAAAACGCAAGCAAAAAUCGAAUUGAAAUUGUUAAAGUGUAACAACAUUGAGGCUGAGCUUUUGAAUAUCGAUGUGGGAGUAGCUGGAAACGGCGUGAAACUUGGGAUAAGUGACACGCUGCACAGCUUCGAGCGGAUUGAGUUGCGCAGAUCGUGAUUGAGUGUGUGAGUUUGGAAAAUGUAAAGUAUAUCGUUUCGUGUGCACUGGACUCUGGCCUGUGGGACCGAACCGAGAUCCCAUUGUUGUUGAUCGCGUACGCAUCGAUAUCCAAGUGGGAAAAGUGGGUCUCUGGUAGUUACGUUGUUGUGCUGCUACUUUAAGAGGCCGCGUUCAGCCAGGUUUUGGCUGUCCCGGGAUGUGGAUUUUGGUGACGGCAGCAGCGGAUGGCUAAUUUUUCGUGUUUGGAGGAAACGUCACAAAAAAUUAACAUAUUCACACGAGUUGCGAGUUUAGUGUGCGAGGUUCCCGGUUUCCUCAUCGUCGUCGUCGUCGUCAAAGUUGUGUUGUUGCGCUGCGCCGCCGUGUAACAGGUUUGGCUUGCGCGAGGUGCUCUGCGCCUGAACCGAUCGACCGUGCCGUGUGUGUGAGAGUGUUUGGCACUUGUGUUGUGUUGUGGCUCUGCGUAAGGCAGCAAGCGAGUGGUGCUGAUUUCGGUUGACGAGACCUUGGGCUCUGCCCGGACGGGUUUGUUAAAGAGAGGACGCGUGUUGCGCGAAAGGUGUGUACCCAUGGAAGGCAGGAAGGUGAAAAAGCAGAUAAUAUCGCCGCUGUUCAUUUGCGCUGGCUGCCUGCCAGGUUGCGCCGUAUAGCGAGAUGUCCGGGCGAUUUCUAAUGAAUUAAUGAUGUGGUGUGCCUGGCCCGCGAGUGGCUGUCCCGCAGUGGAUCGAGUUUUGUACGGUUUUGACAGCUAAUAUUUAUUAGAAAGCUGUCACGAAUAGUGUGUGUCCGCGUCUAGAUCCCGGAUCGCCUGCCUAGGAGUCUAGGAGGCGGCAGGUUGCGCGUCUGAGUGAGUGAAACCAGCGCAGAAUUGGAAGUGUAGAUAACAAAAUAUUUGUAUUGGAAGCAGCGAAGAAGAAAAAAAGGUGGCAAAGCGCCAUCAGGUGAAGCGAAAGAGAAUACACCUACAGCCGUAGUAAGAAGAAGUGCAAACAUCGACAACAAGUGACGGCAGGAAACGGCAAAUCCAGCGAAUUUGUAACCAAUGCAGUGAGUUUGAAAAAUUGUUUCCGCGAUCUUCCAGUGACGAAAUAGCGAAACAAUUUGUUGUUGAUGCAGGUGUUUGAAGUGUGUUUUGUGUACCUACCCCAUUAAUUAGAUUUCACAAUAUCGAUCGAUUUCGGAAGGAGAGCACAAAACACUAGAAGUGCCGCCAAACCAAAAUCGACGAAGACAAAUCAAGAAGGAAAAGCCAAGCAACCAAACCUGAAGCUAUGUGGAUUAAGUUUUCUUGUAUUUCGUCGUCGCAUCGAUGUUCUUCGCAUUGAUUUGGCCCUAAAUGCUUUCGCCUUGUCUGGCUUUCGGUGGUUCGAUGUGAUUUUUUUCCCUCCGUUCUGUUUUUUCAAGUGUGUAUAUGUGUAAAUAUCGUUUCUACGUUCUCGUCUUCACCGAAAUUUCCAAGCGAGCUAUUUAGCUUGGAGUACGCAGGCAUGUUGGAAUCGCCUUGAUUGAAAAGAUAUGCUCGCGGUUUCCAUUGAAUCGUCGAAACGACAACAACAGUAAAAAUAUCUUCAAUUUCCCUUCAAUUUUGAAAAGCUAAGUGAGUUUUAAUUUUACUUUCGAUCGCUGGAUCUCUGGUGUUGUUUUUUUUUAUCAAGUUUCUUGACAAACCUAAGCUGCUGUUCAAGAAGUGAUUACCGUCGUCGUCUGUUGAGAUCAAAGAAGCAGUGAAAGAGAAGAAGAAAAAUAAUUCCUGUUGUACAUACGUACGCGAAUGGGAAGAGCGAUCUGAUCAUUGAUUGUGUUUUUAUUUUCGGCGGCGAGAUAAAUUCGUAAGCCAUCAUGGGUAGCCGAAACGUGGAAUGCCGUAAAUUUUCGCCCAACAUCUUUAACAAGAGCAAAUGUACGCAAUGCUUUCGUCAACGGGAGGAACACAGCGCCGCAGCUCUGGAAUGCAAUCGGGCUACGAGAAAGGUGUCAAAACGUGGAUAUUUAUUCGUGGCACCCGACUGGGACUUUAGCAAUCCACUCUACAGAACAAAGCGAUGGCAGCGGAGGUGGUUCGUACUGUACGAUGAUGGAGAGCUCACAUAUUCGGUGGAUGAGCACCCGGAAACGAUUCCCCAGGCAAUUGUGGACAUGACCAAGGUGCUCGAGGUAACCACAGCCGAAGACGUCACCAGCCAUCCCCACUCGAUUGCCAUAACGGCCCCCGAAAGGGUCACAUUUGUCAAAGGCACCUGCCCAGAGGAAACCAAAUGGUGGUUCAACGUUCUGUCUGCCUUCCCGAAAUCAAAGGGUCGCCACAAACGAAAUGCAACUUUUCCUGGAGGUCAGGCAACCACCAUUCUGCAGUCGCAACCCCCAGUCGUUGGUCGGAAUCGGCACAAUUCCUACCACAAAGACCUACUGCCAUCGCCCAUCGGCAAUCUGGAUGCACUGACGGCGCCCUGCUCCUGGAGUCCGGAGAUUGUCAUGGACACCGAAGAUGAGCUGAGAAUACUGGCGGCGGAUGAGAACGAUCUGAACGCUAAUAAUGAAAAUUGCAACGGCAGCAAAAACAACAACAACAACAGCAACACCAAUGGUACCGGUAGCAUCACCAUUAUUUCUGGGAGUGGCGGUGGCUCCAACAGUAGCUCCAACAAUAACAUCAAGAAUAUAAAUGCCAAAGCAUCCAAGUGCUAUCUGAUAGACGACGUGCGGCGAGAGGAGAAACUCAAAGACAUCGCCAACACCUUGACCAACGUCAAUCGGUGGAGUUCCCCGUGCAUCACCGAUAGCCUUCCAUUGACGGCGAUUCCAGAUGAUAAGCCUACGCGGGACGAGAACACAGUACCGCAGUAUAGUCCAAAGUCCACCGGCCAGCUGAGGCCACAGUCACUCACCAUACCUUCAACCGCACCGGCCAUCGUUUCUGCCAUCGUUAAGAAAAUUCCCACUGGCAUCUCUAGUGCCAAGCCAGACCUUCUGUCUUCGAAAUCGAGCACGAUAUCAUCAACCACUUCAACUUCUAGUCCGAAACUGAAACCUAGUCAAACCCACGAACGAGGCGAUCCCGAUGGGGACUGUGGUCUCGACGACACUCCUGCCCACUGUCUGGCGAAGAACUCCGAACUACGGGUGAAUCUUCCAUCGGAAGAUUUGCUCAACUCCAAAAAGGGAUGGCUCAUGAAACAAGACUCUCGCACUGGUGAAUGGAGCAAACACUGGUUCACUCUACGUGGAGCGGCGCUUUUCUUCUAUCGUGAUCCUGUUGCCGAAGAAAAAGGUGUUCUGGACGGUGUACUCGAUGUUAACAGCAUCACCAGCAUUACUGAAGUGCCUGUUAAUAGGAACUAUGGAUUUCAGUUGACGACAUGGGACAACCGUCGGAUUGUUUUAUCUACGGUGACAAUAAGUAUCAGGAAUAAUUGGAUUAAUGUGCUCAAAACUGCAGCUGGGUUAUCUCAGACCAAAGCCACCUUGAAUAACAAUAAUCUUGGGCUUAGUAAUCAAAACGAUGAAAACUUCAAAACGUUAACAGAUAAGCUACCCCUCGAAAUUGAAAUUAUCGACAGUGGGCAGAAAAAUCCGGAAAAACUAACCCUUGCUAUCACUAGUGCCAACAACACUGGAACAAUAACGAACAGGCUAUCGUCCUUGGAAACGGGUCACGGAGAAGAUGUUGUCGAUUUCAAGGCCACACAAAAGAGUCAAGAUGUUGUGGUUCAUCUUACAAAAGCUAAUAGCACCAAUGAUAUCACUAGCAGUAAUCCCACACUGAAACAAUCUACCAGCACCACAACGGUAACAACUCCAGUGACACCGAUAACUCCGAAAUCGCUAAUGUUUUCAUCAGAUGAAGAAUACCGAACAGCUUCCGAAGGAGGUCGGCGAGACAGUGUAGGUGAUUGGGGUGGAUCACCCGUUUCUCCGCUGCCACCAGCUGGUCCUCUUUCUGCGAUUGCUCGAACCAAAGAUAGAAUAAGAUCAUCCAACAAUCGGCUAAACAAGCGAAGUCGAUCGUCGCCACCAAGUUCUCGACGGAGUACCAUAGACAGUGUGCACUCUGAAGAUCUCCCUCUAAUAAAUCCCGUUCAAGAAGAAGUGUGCAUCGACAAAGAGCUUCAACUGAGGUUGCAAGCGGCUGAGAAAGAACUGUCUUUGCUGCGGGAAGAAACACACGAACGAGAAGCAAGAAUGUCUGAGCUCUUGGCAACACUCGAACGAACUGAGCAAGAACUUACCAGGAAACGAGAAAGCGAGGAAAAUCGUGAAAAAAUGAUGAUGCAGCUUGAUGAGAGCAGAACCAAUGCCCAAGAAAUAAUUGAUCGAAUAACACUGGAACUGGAUAAAAGUAGAGACACUGUCAAAGAAUUGGAAGAUCGACUUGCACGUGGAAUCGAAGAGAAUGAAUCCUUAUACAAAAAGAUUCGUGAAUUUGGAAUUUCAAGCCCUGCCUCUAGUUUAUGUAGUCUCAAUACCCGAUCAGGAAAAAUGAAACGGAUGGACUCUUUCAGUGAUCUUACCAGUUUGAGCGAGGUUGAUCCAAAUACUCUCGAUAAAGAUAUGUUAGCAGACGAGUACAAUGAGCUCAGAGCGCGUUUUGAAAAAGCUGUCAGUGAAUUGAAAGCUAUGAAACGGGAAUUAAAAGAGUCUCACAAAAUCUACGACAACUUGGAAAUCUCGUAUGCUACCAUCAAGAAAGAAGUGGAGCGGCAACAAAAAGAACACGAAAGUCAAUCGAAAAUGAUGGCAGAUAGGAUUCAAGAUAUGACGAACAAAUAUACCAAUGCUGAAAAACAAGUGCGCCUUUUGAAGCAGAAAUUGAUCAGGAAUGACAAACGAAGAUCACUUUCAUUGAAAGGCAAAGAGUCUCUUUCGAUUCAAAAGGAACUCGAAGAAAAAGUCAGUGAGUUGGAGAGUAAAAUUGAUGCUCUGGAACAAGGAGCUGUUAUCGCCGAUGCCACAGAAACUCCAAUAGUAGCAUCUGAGCUAAAGAAUGUUAAAAGAGCUUCAACGCGACUACGAAGAAAAAGUUUAGACAGUGCAACAAUUUCUGCUCAGCCAAUGCAGGUUCUGUUACGUCUCAACAAUCUAGAAAAGAGGAUUGAUACUGUAAAAACUGCCAGUAGUGAUUUGUUGGCCAUACCCGGCUCCAGUGAAAGCGUCAACAGUACCAGCACUCUCAGUAGUCAAACUAGUACUAGCAGUGGCACUAUCAGCAGUACAGGUUACAAUAGGAAUGUUACUAGUUCAAAAGUAUCAGAACAUCUCAUGGAAAGGCUCAAAAGCUUAGAAGGGGUCGUUGUUUCCGUUCGCGAUCUUGUCAACCAAAGUAUGCAUCAGUUCCAAAAUCUGAAAUCUUCACGCUCAAGGCGAUCUGUUUCACCAAUAGCGGAUAAGAAGGAUUCAUUUAAAUAUGCGGAACGUUGCCUAUCGGAAGCAUCCAAAUUGCUGCGAGAUAGUUGUGACAAUUGCGUCAUUCAAGACUGUUCGUUAAACAACAAUAUUGUCUUGCUAACCGAGUCGAAUCCAAUUAAACUUGCUUUAACGCAAAUGGAAGCGCAAUUGAAAAAUAAGCUAAGCGAUCUCUUGAAACAACGUCGAAUGCUGAGAGAAACCAACGGGUUAACGCAGAAGAAGGAUAUGGAGCUACUAGCCGAAAGAAUUGCUUUCGAGAGUGUUUGUUUUGGAAGGUUGAGAAAUGCGCUUGAGAGAGCCGAAAACAUUCGUGAAUACGAAGAAAAGCAAACCAAAGUUGAAGUCUCUGAAACAAUGCAGCUUAUGGCAAUGCUUAAAGCAAAGCUAGCUGGCAAAUACGGAGUUAAACCAAAUAGCAGUAUCGACGUACUUGCGAGUGUCUUGGCUAGAAAGUUGAUGAUGUCAGCUGGACGAACUAGCAGCCUCAGGUCGCUAAACUUCCCCCCAGUCAACACAAACUUACUCGAUGAUCUUCUAAGGCAGCAGAAUGAAAUACAUAUGAUCACUAAACGAUACAAGACCACAACGAUGGAAAACCUUGCAUACGGUUUGGCUGCCGAAACGUUGAGCUACAUUUCAUCAUCGAAUGAAACAAUUCAAGGUGCAGUUCAGGAAGCAUGGCGCCAGGCGCAAGAAGCUGUCAAUGCAGAACUCGUUCAAUCUGAGAUAGCUCACAUCAUGAUGCGAAGUGCUCAACGAUAUGAGAACUCAAUAACUCCUGCCUUUGGUUAUGCGCUCGCUACUACCGAGCGAAUAAAUUUCGAAAAUUUUGCCGAUGCAGUGCAGGAUGUUCUUCGACGUGAGAUGGAGAUGGCAGUUAACCAGCUUACCGAAUGCUACGAAGAAAGCCUUUCGAAGAUGAAACGCGACCAGUGGAGGCUUCAUUUGGAGCAAGAACGAAAACCUAGUGAAGGUCGUCAGCUGCUGGCCGAAUUCUCCGAUAUAAUCGCACACAAAGCAUUGAUCGAUGCUCGUGUUAAGGUGCUCAAAGGCGAUUAUGUUCCUACCAAGAUUAAACUGGUAAAUGAAGAUGCCUGCAACAUAAGCGUUGUAGCUUUGAAAAAGUACGAAAAUUUGUACACCGAUCUCACUUCUGACCUAGAAAUCGCAAACUCGGAUGAUAUUCUGGCAGAGGCCGACUUCAACUUUAUGUAUAAAUAUUUCGUGAACGAACAUCUGUCGAAUAAAGCAGAAAUUAAGGAAAUAUCGAAUAUUCUCAACGAAUUAGAUCGAUCCGUGAUCUCCCUGCAAAAUACAAUGGUCCCAGAAAAUGUCCUAAUUGCAAAGGUACUUGACGUAGACAGUCUACGAGCCAUCCAUGGCAGGUGUAGUGAAAUACAAGAAAAUAUUGAUUCACUAAUAGAAACCGCUAGAUUAUUGGUUGCUCAGUGUGAAAAGUGUGAUCGAUUGCAAGACAGUCUAAUGCAGCUUACCAACCAGCACGAAACCGAUAUCGCAAUUUUGAAGCGAGAUAAUAAAAACAAGGUGGAUAAACUCAAUGUCAAGAUUGAGGAACAAAAACAACUAAUAAAAAAUAUCGAAGCUGAAAAAUGCGAAAUUCAGGAACGACUUAGCAAAGAACAAUCCGUUCUAAAAUUGCGAGAAAGAGAAUUCAACGAACUCAACUCGAAACUUCGUCACUUUGAAUCAAUGUGCCAUGAAAAGGAUAAAGAAAUCGAAGACCUUCUAGAAACAUUCGAUGAGGAGCGCAAAAAGUCAAAGGCGCUACGUGACAAAUGUGACGAACUUUCCUCUGGCUAUCACAGAAAUGCUGAAGAAUACGCUGAGCUGGAAAAAGAACGUGACUACCUGUACGAGCAGAUCAAAAAAGAAAAAGAUCACGUCAAAAAGUUGGAAAAACACCUCGAACUGCUGGAAGCGGAACAUGCACAACAGGUGGACAAUCUGCAUGCGGCUUACCGGGAACAGCAGGUCGCCAACGAAAUCGAUUCACAGAAGGAUCGCGACGACGAAGACAGUUUGCGCCAAAGAUAUCAAGCCGAAAUCGAGCAGCUCAGGGCUCUGUGCGAAAAAGGUCUAGCUGCAAUGGAAACGUCCCACAAGCGGAUUAUCAACGAUCUAGAGGAAAAACACAAGCACGAAAUAGCCCAGCUGAUUAUAGAUAAGGAGCAGGCACUCGCCGAAGAAACACAGGCCACUUUGGCAGCCCUAGAUGCCAUGCGGAAAGCACAUGAGAACGAGGUCCAGCGCGAGGUUGCCCGCUUCAAGCAAGAGUUUUUGAAACAGUUCCAGAAGGGUGGAACGCCUCCCUUGUCGUACAAAGAGAAAGAACAAGAGCUGGAGGAAAUCCGCCAAGAGAUUCUUUCCUUGUCGGAAAAGUACACGAUGAAAUGCGUCGAGACGGCAUCACUCGAAGAAAAACUACGCACUGCAUCUCAACAGCUCAAGCACUCGCAGCAGCAUAUCCAACAGUUAGAUGUUAGGAACAAACAACUGCGAGCUCAUUUUGACACCAGUGAGGCUUCUACUUCGUUAAACGUAGAACAGCGACGAACUGAUCUUAGCAUGCACGGUGAUCAAAAUCCGGAUAGUUCUCCUUCGCCGGAUGAAUCUGCCAGGAUGGAUCUAGUACAACAAAGGGACUCAGCUGCAUCCAAUAAGGCGAAGUGCGUCAAAAAUUUGGCACCCACCGGCAACAAUGGCAACAAAGAACAACACCUUUUUAGCAAUAAACAAGAAACACAUCCUCGAUUGAAGUUAUGCGAAGGAGCCAAAUUCGUCGUAUCUCCCGUCAAUCACCCCAAUGCGACGUCCCAAAUCCUCUCCGCCGGAAUCGAAUCCGUGAAGAGUAACGGAACCCAACCACCAGCGAACACAGCUGGAAGUACCACUAAUAGUAACACGAAUAACCGAGCCAAAGCUGUAGUCACCUCCAAGCAUCACCACCACCUCAACACUCAACUGAGUCUGCUCACCGGAUGUGCGGGAAAACUGUCCGCCAAUGCUCCAAAAAACGAACCCCAACAUACCACUACUAAAACUACGAACUCGACAGCAACUGCUUCUUCGACCUCCUUCAUGCGAAAUUUCCACGAAAAUGGCAAAUGCAGAAGCAGCAAUAACAGCAUUAGCAUCAGCAUCAGCAGCAGCACCAGCAACGAUAAUGAUAAUGACAGCACAGCCGACAAUGAUAGCAGCUUAGCCGAGCUUAAACCAGCAGUAGCUUACAAAUUGUGUUCGCCCCCUCCCUUAGAUGAGAAGGACGCUGAACAAAUUCAUCGCUUUGAGCUGGAAAUUUAACACCAUUCACGAAUAUAGAAAAACGCUUCAAAUCAUUAUUAUUAUAACUACACAAAAAAAAUCGAAUUGCAUUGCGCAGAACUGAAACACUUUGCCAAGACUAUACAGAACAUGCACCGCUUUGCAAGUUAACAAAAAAAACACCCUAAAGUGACUUACUCCAGCAUCCUUCGGGUUGUUGAGCCACCAUCCCAACUCGCUUAGUUACAAGUAAAUUAUUACGUUUUUAACUUAUAACUAUACCACACCUCAAGCUCAAGCUUAGACACGUUGCUCCCACCAGUUAUUAGCGCACCACGCAUGUUAAUAUAUUCUACUACCCCUAGCUCUUCAACGCGAGAAGCAGUUGUUUUUAAACCGACUCGAACAUCUUUUAUUGUACAUUUUCUAAACAAAAUUUUAACGUCGCUUUAACGGUUCGAAACCUUAAUUUUCUAAUGUACUAUAUAUGUACUAGUAAGCUAGCUGUUUGCGUUUCAAUCUGUAUAAACCACUAUCUAAACUUUAGUAGAAUUCAUCAUAGAUUAAGUGUUGUUAGAACGAUGCAAACAAAUGAAAAUAAGACACCCAACUUCCCGUUUUUCACAACCUAAAAUAUUACUAUAUAAUAACAAACAUGCAAGUGUUCACACCCACUAAUAGUUGAUUAUUUACACCCUCAAAGAGUUGAAUAUAAAAGAAAACCCACGGAAAAUGUAUGACUAGUUUUAAGUUGACACGUGUGUACCCCGUGCAUGUAAACCAGUCUUAGUUAGAACACCUUCGACCACAUUUUGAACAUUUUCGAAAUUAAAACCACCCUCCGUACUGUUAAUACCCUCCCCUGUACUAUAAGUUGUAUCAAAAUUGAAGACGUUUAUUACGUGCGAUGCAAAUUUAGAUGACACAACCUUAACUACUAAGCGUGGCGUAUUUGCGCCAAUAGGAAGGGAGAAGAUCUAUUAUGCAUCUAGGUAAAUCGAUCUUUCUUCACCAAUAUGUAAUAUCGCCACCAACACAAACACACAGCCAUUCGCGUCACCAAAACGUCUAACCUCCAACAAUCUAAUUAUUUCUAUAGUGUUCGUGUGGUUCUGUUGACUUUUAUAUUCUAUUAUAUUUUUUAUUAUCUUAAACUUUAUAUUUUAAUAUACCCUACGAGUCAUAAUAAAUGUGUUUUGAUGAAAUAA